AUGCUACAAUCAGUGUUUACUCGAGUAACAGAACGUAAACAGCUGAUCCAAGACAUCCUGGAAACAAGCGCACAAAAAGACUUUUAUACCACUUUUACGCCUUCCACACAUUGGCCAUUCAAAGAUGCCACGUCCAAGAAGUGUCGCCUACUUGUCUUGGAUUCUUCAUUCAACCCACCAACCAAAGCACACGCUAAACUGUUAGAGACAUCCCUGAAGGCCUAUCCUACCGGCUAUUUCGAUGGAUCUUUACUCUUGUUCUCUACCAACAAUGUCGAUAAAACGCUAACAGGAGCGAGCGUAUUGCAACGGGCCCAAAUGAUGGAAAUGAUUGCAAUGCAGUGCCCAAGCACAGCGGUUGGAUUCACACCUCAUGGGCGUUUUAUGGACAAGGCUAAAUACAUUAAUUCCUGGUUUGCAGAGACACACGCCUCAAGCCAACUGGAGCUCUACUUUAUCGUGGGAUACGACACCAUGAUCAGAUUGUUGGAUCCAAAAUACUACAAUAGCACCUCUGUAAAGGACGCUUUGACGCCCUUCUUUGAGUCAUGUCGCUUGAUCUGUGCAGACAGAGGCACAGAAGAUGUGGGUUUCUGGGUCAAGACUUACAACACCUUUGAUCGCGACCUCAUCCAGCGUAUUCAGUUGGACCCCAUCACAAGCCAAUUCUCAAGCACACUAGCACGAGAGGCGAUUCAACAGCGUCAUACAGACCAGCUCAACACCAUCCUCGACCCCAACAUUGUUGCAUUCGUGAAUGAAAAUAAAAUUUAUUGA